AUGGUCACAUUUCGCCUCAUGGGACUGGCGGUGGCGGAAUUCGCAUGGUCCGCCGCCGACGACGACGACCGCGGCGGCAGUGAUGAGACGAACCGGAAGUGUCCUGCCCAGAGCGGUCCGAUAUCAUCUGCAGCAAGCGCUCAAAUCUGCAAGGGACACCAGAAGCGGCCUAGCAAUCCCGCUCCAGGGAAUGUGAAGCUUGCCAGGCUUGCCAGCAGCAAUGUAGUGUACACACGCCAGAGCGAACGAGCCAGUAGGCUCGCACCCGGUGGUCGCACAGGAUAUGUUCCCCCCCAAAACCCGGACCAGACUCCAGAGUGUGUGUGUGGCUCUUGGGGGGACACAAGACGCACCGCCUACAGGCUACUUGCCUUUCGUCAGCUAACCAGCCGCUGGACCACCACCCCUGGGACCAUGGGUAAUUGCCCUGUAGUCUGGGCUCUAGAGACUGGAGAGCCGUAAGCUUGCGGUGCCACAGCAGGGCUCUGUAUGCGAAGAGCCCAAUGAGGCCACCUGGCGAGCAGGGAUGACCCUUACCAUCCGUGAUUCCCCGGCAAACCCUGAUCUACGGGAGGCCGGGGAGGGUGGCACGGGGGGGCAAGCCGGGUACUUGUAAAAGAAACGGGUGUCUGUGGGAGUUGAGUGAAACCCCCCCGGCCGUACAAUUCUAA